CCAGGCACGCCGGAGCAGCGCGAUUUGAACGACCAGUUUCUGCUCAACAUGACGACAAAAGCAGGCGGGCGGCCGGAUUUUAUUGUGAUGGGCGUGGGGGUGCAUGAGGUGAUGGGGUGGGGGAAGAGGCCCCCUCCUGAUCUCGACUUUGAUGCGUUCCGGGAAGAUACCGAGAAGCUUCUGGACCUGCUGAGGCGGACGUAUGGAGGAGGGAAGGUGGUGUGGUGGAAGGCUAAUGCCAUCUGGCCAG